CUGAGUAUUGUGGAGAUGAAGCCUCUCAACGUAAGAGGACGUGUUGGGGAAAGUGUGGAAGUCAGAUGCUCAGAGUGGGGCCGUUGGUCUAAUGUAAAGUAUAAUGAUAAGUACCUCUGUAAGAGUCCAUGCACAGAAGACAAACACGUCAUCAUCAAAGCAGCAUAUGAAAAGAGUAAUUCUACUGGUCAAAUACAGUUAAUUAACAUUGCAGACGGUUUAUUUGUGAACUUCACUAAUCUCCAAAAAUCAGACUCUGGUAUAUAUUAUUGUGGAGCUGAGAAAAUUGGCCUUGAUUCAUUCAUAAAGGUGAAUCUUAAAGUUACAGAUGCCGAGUCUUCUGGUCCCAAGACAACGGCAAAAACAAUCAUCAUUCACUCGACGCAGUCAUUUGCUGUUACAAACAGCUCGACUAUGUCUUCAGACGGCUCAGAUGUUAUUACUGAUACGCCUGUGCCGUACACCAUCCAUUCUACUAUGACUACUACAUCAGCAACACAAGGAGCUGGAAGUGUGCCAUAUUUGAUUACCGGUGCCACUGUUACACUGACCAUACUGAUGCUCCUACUGAUGCUCAUGAGGAAGAUGAGAAAGAAACAUCUGAAAGUAGAAGACGCACGAGAGGAUGUUGAAUAUGAUGAAAUCAGACCUGAACACCAACAAACUGGGAACCGACCUGCAGGGGUCUCUACCCUCUUCGACUCUAUAGAAGCAGAAAGUGUCUAUGCUAAUUAUUACUACCAUCAAGUCAGUGAGUUAGCAGCUGAGCGUGGGGCAUGUGCAGAGAGCAGAGUCACAGAUCCCCAGUGUGACUUGGUGUACUCUGUUGCUCAACUACCCAACAAGCAAAUUGAACCCACUGGGCAAUCUGAAUCAAAUCAAAGCAAUGAAAAUGACUGUCUCUAUUCCAUGGCGCAGCUACCACAGGCAAGCUGA